UUUGCGCGCCGCUCGCGUGAUUACGUCAGGGAUGACGCACGCACGCAGGGGAGACGUUGCGCAGUUCCCGCCUGCGCAGCCCUGGUGCGGACGCCGACAGCCGCCGCCAUGCCCCGGGGAAGCCGCAGCCGAGCGAGCCGCCCAGCUCCCUCCCGAGCCCCUGUCCCCGCUCACCCUCCUCCAGCUGCUGUGGCACCUACCCCUGUCCAGCCCCGGCAGCCCGGCCUGAUGGCACAGAUGGCAUCCACGGCAGCAGGAGUGGCAGUCGGCUCGGCGGUGGGCCAUGUGAUGGGGAGCGCACUGACCGGGGCCUUGGGUGGUGGAAGUGGCUCGGAGCCAGCCCGGGCAGAUGUCACCUACCAGGAGCCCCCGAUGGCAGCCUCUCCAGCCCAACCUCAAGCCCAGGACAACAGACCCUGCCAGUUUGAAAUGAGACAGUUUCUGGAGUGUGCCCAGAACCAGCAUGACCUGACACUCUGCGAUGGUUUCAACGAAGUGCUGAAGCAAUGCCGGUCUGCGCAUGGUAUAUACUGAAGUGGAAGAUCCCUGUUGAAAGACUGCAGCAAAGUGAAGAGAAAAGAUUGUGAAGACUCCUGUUAUGCCCCAUUUAAUUUUCGUGAUGGGGUCACAGAGACCUCACCAAUGUAUGGUUAUUAGAUGUGAAUAAAAUGUCCUGUAUGAUUA